AUGGUUCCUAAUUUUCUGAUUACAAGAUUAACUGCAACUGCAUCAUCAUUCACACACUACAACUAUAAGGGAACCCUAAUCCUAUUGGGUUCUCUUCUGUUACACAGACGCAAUGCUUCACUUUAUCUCUUCAGAUCAUUCACUUCUGAUACAAACAACAGUAAAGGGGUCACCUUUACGGUGUCUUACCUCGUAAACUCAUGUGGGGUGUCCCCAGAAUUGGCUAAGAAACUCUCCAAAAAAGUGCAUUUGAAAAACCCAGAUGGCCCAAAUGCUGUUCUUGAUCUUCUCAAGACCUAUGGGUUCUCCAAAACCCAUAUUGCAAAUCUUGUGGCUAAAUAUCCCAUGGUGUUUGCUAUAAAGGUAGAGAGUACCCUUUUGCCUAAACUCAAGUUUCUUCGUUCUAUCGGGGUUUCCGACACUGAUAUGCCUAAGAUCCUAAUUGCUAACUAUGAUAUCUUGCGCAGAAGUUUGGAAAAGUGUCUCAUCCCACGUUAUGAGGUGCUUAGAAGCAUAGUUCGCGAUGAUGAUGAAGUAGUUAAAGUUUUGAGAAAUGCCCCAUUUUCGUUUACAUAUUGUGACAUAAGGAAGCAUUUCGUUCGAAACAUUGAGGCUUUGAGGCAAUGUGGCGUGCCACAAGCUUCCAUUUCUCUCUUUGUGAUCCAUUUUUCCUGCGCACCAUUUGCGAAUCAUUCCAGAUUUGUGGAAACUACCAAGAUAGUUGAGGAAAUUGGGUUUGAUCCUUUGAAAACAACUUUUGUCCAUGCUGUCAAAGUGCUUUUAUAUCUAAGUAAAGCCAAUUGGGAGUCUAGAUUUAAGGUUUAUGAGAGGUGGGGCUGGGACCGCGAAAUGGUCUUUCAAGCAUUUAGAAAGUUUCCCAGUUUUCUCAAUUUGUCAGAGGAAAUGGUUACAAAAAAAAUGAAUUUUCUAGUAAAUGAUAUGGGUUUGGCAUCAGAAGAUAUUGCUGAAUAUCCUGCAAUUCUGGCCUACAGCUUGGAGAGGAGGAUUAUCCCUAGAUUCGCGGUAGUUAAAAUCUUGAUAUCUAAAGGUCUGCUUGUGAAUAAUUGGCACUUCAAUUCCCUCUUAUGGUUAAAUGAAGAAAAGUUUUUGAAGAAAUUUGUCAACAACUUUCAGAAAGAUUUGCCCCAUUUACAAGAUGUCUACACAGAUUUGAUCAAUUGUCAGAAUGUGAUGUAG